CGGUCGCUGAGUCUGUGCGGAACAGCAAACGUUCAUCAUCGCGUUAGUGCUAAACAAAAAAGAAGCAAAAUAAACAAAAGCAGAAAAACAGCAAACGGAACGAAUAUAUUAACUAAUUGACAAGUGCACAGAGCCGUUGAUAAUAACUGAAAGUCUAUGCGAUAUUUAAUAUUUGUGCGUGUGAAAGAAUUCGAUUGAUUCACCUUGUGGCAUUUCGAGGCAGCGCACGCAAAUUGGAUACGAUUGGGCAGCGCCUAAAUAUGGUUUACUUUAGUCCGCGUGGCAUGCAACCGUGUAGUCCAUCGGGUGUUGUCGCUAUGAUGCCGCCAUCGAAGAGUCCCAUCAUGGAAACCGCCGCCAGCGAUGGCAACCAGACAGCUGGCAGCGACGCCAAGCGCGCGUGCCCCCUCAAGUUCUCCAUUGCCAAAAUCAUGGAGCCGGACCACAAGCAACCAGCCCAACAGCAACAACAACAACAGCAGCAACAAUUGCAGCCACAGCAACAGCAGGAGGAGCAAUCGCUGCCUCUGGAAGAGGAGCAGCGCGAUUCGUACGCCGACUCGGAGCGCUCCUGCAGCCCCAUCGAGGUGACUGGAGACGAUGAGGAGCCCGCGGCCAUGACGGCCAUCAAUUACGACUCGGCCUUCAAGAAAUACGUGCCUGGCUCCAGCUUGUGCUCCGGCCCAGCUUCGGCUGCGAUCUCAGUCUCAGCCUCGGCUUCGGCCUCGGCCUCGGCCAGCGCCGUGCAACAGUUUGUGAGCACGCGGCACCAGGAGCUGCUCUCGCAGUAUCCCCUGCUCUACUAUGCGCCCAAUCAACUGAUGUGCGCCGCUGCCGCGGCUCAGUACGCCGCUCUGACCGCUCAGCAGCAGACGUUGGCCAGCGCCGCCCACAUCAGCAGCUUCACGGCUUCGCUGAAUGCCACGCUGCAUCAUUCGCAGACGCUGCGACGCAAUCUGGGCCAUCCGCUGGCGGCCGCCGCAGCUGCUGCUGCAGUUGCUCAGUCCGCCCAGCCGUUGGCGACGCAGCAGAGCUUGGAGAAGAGUCCGAUGCGCACGCCCCAUGCCACGCAGCACGCGAAUCUCAAGCGCAAGCGCUCGCCGCCGGGUGAGGUGACUACGCCGCCAUUGCCACUGACAUUGCCAAUGGCGCCGGCCGUGGCUGGGGCCGCACGCUCGGGCUCGAGGUCGCCAUCGCCGCACGGCUCGCUGGAGGACAGCAGCCCGGGCUCGGCCAAUGGCGGCAAGCCGAAGACGUUCUCGUGCCUGGAGUGCGGCAAGGUGUUCAAUGCGCACUACAAUCUGACCAGGCACAUGCCGGUGCACACGGGCGCCCGCCCCUUCGUGUGCAAGGUGUGCGGCAAGGGGUUCCGGCAGGCGUCGACCUUGUGCCGGCACAAGAUCAUCCACACCUCCGAGAAGCCGCACAAGUGCCAGACCUGCGGCAAGGCCUUCAAUCGCAGCUCCACGCUCAACACCCACGCCCGCAUCCACGCCGGCUACAAGCCGUUCGUCUGCGAGUACUGCGGCAAGGGCUUCCACCAGAAGGGCAACUACAAGAACCACAAGCUGACCCACAGCGGCGAGAAGGCCUACAAGUGCAACAUCUGCAACAAGGCCUUCCACCAGAUCUACAAUCUCACCUUCCACAUGCACACACACAACGACAAAAAGCCGUACACGUGUCGCGUGUGCGCCAAGGGCUUCUGCCGCAACUUCGAUCUCAAGAAGCACAUGCGCAAGCUGCACGAGCUGGGCGGCGACUGCCUGGACGACGAUCUGCCGCCGGCCUACGAGCGCCGCCGGGAGUACACGCGUCGCGAGCCACUCUCCAACUACAGCCAGGCCAGCCAGCUGACGCCGGACUCCUCGUCGGGCAGCUUGUCGCCGCCCAUCAAUGUCACCACGCCGCCCCUGUCCAGCGGCGAGGCCAGCAACUCGGCCUGGACCCGGACGCCCUACCAGGAGACAGUCACGGCCACCCACUUCCAUCAUCUGCAGGCGCCAGCUGUGGGUCUGCACGGCGACUACCCGGCCAGCUCGCCAUUCCUGCAGCUAACGCAUCCUGCACAGCAUCAGCAGCAGCAGCAGCAGCACCACCAGCAGCAGCAACAACAACAACAGCAACAGCAGCAGCAGCAACGGCUGACAGCAGCUGCGCUGGAGAAUGUCCCGUUCAUAGCGAAGGUAUUUUGACAGAGAUACUAUGCCGAGAACCUGGCCAGUUGCACGGCAACCUCGAUGACGAAAGCCAAGUCUGGCAACGACCUGCUCAUCGACUGACUGCAGUUCGUGACGGCAGCAGCCACAGCCACAGCCACAGUCACAGCCACAGCUAGAGCCACGGAUGAGGCUGCUCCGGCGGAGAGCAGCGGCACGACCCUGGGCAAUGCUGUGCGCGCUCUAAAUGGUCUAUUCUAAAUGCUUAGCCUCCCACCAAAUGGUUUCAACAAUAACCUGUGCAAUAAACAUUCCAAUCGAGAACCUUUUCUUCUACAGCACCUUAGGCUAACAAGAACAA